AUGGAUCGUACAAUUACAGUGGUUGAGCUGAGGGAACAAAAAUACUGUACGUACACAGGAAGUUACUGUACAGGAAGUUACAGGACAGUACGUACUGCAUACAUUACCUGUUCUGUACAGUAUUGUACAGUGUUUUUGUACCCUGCAAAAAUGCCUCCCAAAAACAAAUCUGCCUCCCAAACAAGUGCUGGUGAUACAGCAAAAAAAAGAAAAACCAUCAUCAUGGAACUGAAAGUAGAAAUAAUAAAGAGAUCAGAGAGAGGGGAAAAUCCAUCAUCCAUUGGCAAAGAAUUGGGUUACAGUAGUUCAACAAUUGCAACAAUUUUAAAAGAUAAAGGUAGAAUAAUGGACCAUGUGAAAGGCUACACCCCAAUGAAUGCUACAAUUAUUACUAAGCAACGCAGUGGUUUAGUUAUCCAGAUGGAAAGGCUGCUGACAAUUUGGAUAGAAGACAAAAAUCAGCAUAAUAUACCUAUCAGUCUUUCUUUAGUGCAAGAAAAGGCUCAAAGCAUUUUUAAUGAUUUAAAAGCUGCAGGUACACCUCAUACAGCAAUUGAAGGUGUUUGUAAUGAAGAAUUUGUUGCAAGUAGGGGUUGGUUUUAUCGCUUUAAAAAAAGAGCAAAUUUGCAUAAUAUUAAAGUUCAAGGCGAAGCAGCGAGUGCCGAUGCAAGUGCUGCAAGUGAUUUUAACAAGAUAUUGGAAGAUAUUAUUGACGAUGGAGACUAUUUGCCAGAACAAAUCUUUAAUGUAGACGAAAAUGGCUUGUUUUGGAAAAAAAUGCCUGAGAGGACAUACAUUUCAAAAGAAGAAAAAAGUUCACCAGGACAUAAGGCAUCAAAGGACAGGCUGACUUUAUUACUUGGGGGUAAUGCAUCAGGGGAUUUAAAGCUCAAGCCUUUGCUAGUGCAUCGCUCCCUAAAUCCGAGGGCACUACGUAAUGUCACCAAGGCAUUUCUUCCUGUUAUUUGGAGGGCAAAUUCAAAGGCUUGGGUUACAUUGGCACUCUUUGAAGAAUGGUUUUUGAACCAUUUUAUCCCUGCUGUUGAACGUUAUUGCUUAGCCAAAAACAUUCCUUUUAACAUUCUCCUUCUCCUUGACAAUGCCCCUGGACAUCCAACCACUUUAGAUGACAUGCACCCCAAUGUAAAGGUGGUAUUUCUGCCCCCCAACACCACAUCACUUAUUCAGCCAAUGGAUCAGGGAGUCAUAGCCUCCUUUAAGGCCUAUUAUUUACGGAGAACAUUCUCACAAGCUGUCAGGGCUACCCAAAAUGAUGAGAUGACCUUAAGGGAUUUCUGGAGAAAUUAUAACAUUUAUGAUGCCAUCAAAAAUAUUGCUGAUGCUUGGAAUGAAGUGAAAGAGGCAAAUAUGAGAGGAGUUUGGAACAAAUUGUGCCCCCAAUUGACACAAGAAUUUCUGGGUUUUACGGAUGAUGAAAUCGCUGAAACCAGGCAAACUGUGGUUGCUAUGGGUAAUCAACUGCAGUUAAACAUCACUGAAAAUGAUGUCAUCGAGGUUCUCGACUCCCAUAGCCAGGAACUAACCAAUGAAGACCUAAUGGAACUAGAGCAGGAGAUAGAACUGAGGGAAGAAACCCAGGACAUAGAAACUCCACAACUGAAAAAACAGAAUUUAUCAGGAAUGGCAAAGUUAGAGGAGCAAGAUUCUGAUACAGAGAGGUUUGCAAAACUUUAUCGUACAGUUACUGAAGGUCUGAAAUGCUACAGGGCUAUUUAUGAUAAGCAAAAGAAAAGCUCUAUACAAACCUCCCUUGAUGCAUACUUCAAUAAAUGA